GCCUCUUCUCCUCAGACACUUUUCUGCUAUUCGGCUUCCUGUUACGACUUCAAAUUGUUUCACUGCGUCCACUCCAAUGUCUAAUUUGUCCUAAUAAAAGACAAAUGGUCACGUUGCAUCUUUGCUGUCCAUCAGAAGUUUUAUUUUAUCAUUUGGUCACAGUGAUUUACUUCUUAUGUGGACAGGAUUUUUAAGGUUUUAUUUUUCUGUGACAUUAGAUGGCAGUAAAGCACUGUGUAGAAGAUGGAUUUAUGUAUACGUGUGUGUGUGAGAGAGAAGCAUUUGUUAAUAAGACAAACAAUGAAACUGUGACAUUUUGGUGCCGUCCUCCUUCACGAUGAAUUUGAAAUGAUACAUGUUGAGGUUUAUCAUUUAUUUAAGCCAACUCUAGUAGAGUACAUUUCUGAAACCAUCUUGCGUCACCUCUGCUCAAACAUUAAACUGCUCCAAAGAGGAACAGCAGAUGUUCGUGUCGAGUAACAAGCAGCAACGCAAAAUGUUUCAGUCCACUUUCUAAACCUGGCUCCAUAUAUUGCAUUGAAUGUGAUUUUACAGCUACACUGGAUUGAGUCAAUGCAAAGUCUUAAUUAAUGUUAUAAUCCACACUCACUAUAAGUAGAUUUUUACCUCAGGACUGAAUCAGGAAGACAUGAUCUGAGAGCUUGUGUUUACAAAGUGACAAAACAUAAAAACUGCACUUUAUUAUGUUGACAACAGAACAGUUCAGCACUGAAAUAAAUCAGUUUUGCACGUCUCACAUUGACAGAGCCCCUGUCACGUGAUCAGCCGCAACGUCUGUUAAACUUUUUUUUUGACCAAUCACAGCGAAGAGAGAGGGCGCAGGUCACUGUGGUUUGCAGUUUAAUUAAAAUCCAAAUUAAUAUUCAGACAGAGCAUCGUAGAACGGUAUUAUUAUUGCUUUAUGGAAAAGCUCUUAAUACUAAGUUAGAUAAUAAGUCUCCAUAUAUAUAUAUAUCCGUCUACAUUUAAAAUGUUAGUGUCGAUCUGUUUAUGUUCACAGUUGACAGUGAGAUGUAUAUAAUAUAACUAUUGCAUGUUUAUCCAUCCUCGGGGAGAGCAAUUCCUUACGUUUCUGGGUCUUUCUUCUCUUCAAACGUUGUGUUUCAUCACUUUUGUUGAGCAUACAGGAUGUUGCACCAUGUUUAAAUGAAAGUUCUGUUUUUGUUUUUUGUUUUUUUAAACACUAUAGUUUUCCAAAAGUGACCACUCCCACACAAGGAUAAGGUAAUUUAACAGAUUACUUAGAACAACCAAUGAAGUAAAAAUGUUUAUUUGUAAAGUAUAUUCUUUACUUUAAAAGAAGACAUCCUGUUUUCUUUAUUUGUUGGUCAGUCACCUCCUUUGUACACUUUGCAAUAUGCUCCAAGUCUGCAUUAUUAUUUUUUAGUAUUGCAUCUCUUUGUUUUAGCGAAUACUGAAGUUGUGUACAUGUUGUGUUCCCAUGCAGACGAGGCCCUGAUGUGUAACUGCUGUGAUUCACAGGAGAGCGGUCUCUGUACCACGACCAUGAACCAGAUCUGUGCGAAACCAUUUAACCGUUGAGUGAAACACGUCCAGUGGGCAGAAGACCCAGGGCAGAGCUGGAGGGAAUACAUCUCCCAUCUGGCCUCUGAAUGUCUCAAGCUUCAACAGGAGCAGAUGGAGGAAGUAGCUGGAGGAGAUUCACAUCUGGACUGAGCUGCUUUGUUUGCUGCCACUCUGACCACAUGCAACAGCAACAACAACAAAAAACCAGAAGUGAGUCGAGGAUUACAUCAGGAGGCUCAGAGGGAUUUUCCUCUUCCUGUUGUGGGUGGACCACCAGAGCAUCAGCUUCCUAAAAGGUCUGGACACACUAAUUUCAUUAACACCUUAUUUCAGGGAAACAUAUGGCUGAUGCAAAAGCAAAACAGAAAGGAUUUCAAAGAUUUGGGUGGCAAAAGGCACCAUUGCAGCCUUUUGGUCCAUGAGAUGUUCCAAAUGUUGGUGAACCUGACUCUCUAUGAUUUGCAGAGGUAAAAACUCUCAGCUGCAGAGGCUCAUUUAGCUCGUAAAGACAAACAACUAUAAAAACCUCAGAGAGAGCACCAGCGCGGCACACGUGUGUUUGUGAAUGCAGGGAAGGCUGGGAAAUGGAGGCGUCUCGUUAACACUGCGGGAUUCUCCUGCAGCGCAAGCGGGGCCCCCAUGUGCCAGGCAUGAGAGAACCAGCAACCCAAGGAGGAUCUUUUCACAGUUUCCAAAACGUCAUGUUUUCUUCUUCCCCCGCGGGCGAGGAAACCAGCUGCUGCUUAUGAGAGAUAUGUUUGUGGUUGCUUUAAUGGAGGAGUCCAUAAACGUGCUGCUGUUUUUCUGAAGCUACCAGUGAAGAUUGCAACUGGGAUUCCCUGGAAAACACAUCGCCUGCGUCCCUCGCACGUUUCUGAAAAAUGUUCCACCUGUGUGUGUGUGCGUGUGUAAAAUCACAGAUUUUCCAACAUAAAUGUUUCCUCUGCAUUAAUAUAACAGCAAGAGGUGUGAGAUAGUUUGCCUUGUGCUACAACAUCUGGUCCGACUAUAAUAUAAAACCAGUGGAAAUGUGCCAUAAAGCAUGUGGAGUAUUGUAACAGAAUGAGUGUUGCUAAUGUUGUGGCAGCACUCUGAUAAAUAAAUCCAUAUGACGCUAAUGCUGUAGCUCUGAUCGCUUCUCAGUGCCCCCGUGAUGAUGAGUUCAGGUCUAUUGUUGGGUUUCUAUUGAUUUCUGAAUAUUUAUUUUCAGAUAAAAGGGUAGGAAAAUACAAAGUCACACAACAGUAUUAUCAGUUGUGGACACAAUCCCAGACACUGGGCUAAAGGCAGGUCACGUCACACCCUGGACAUGUUGCUGGACCAAGGGCUGAUAAUCUGCCAUACAUAUUGUUUUGUGCUGUGGGAGAAAGCUGGAUUACUUAAAGUUUAGAAUCAAGGACAACAUGUCUUCUUGGCAUUUCUGGCUUUUGUUUGAUAGGACAUGAAAGUGAAAGCAGGAGACACACGGCUGGAUUAAACCCAGAGAUUGUCAGAUAAUAGAACUGGGAUUGUGAUGGGCAAAACAUUGUAAACCACUCACUCUCCCGGACCAAAGUCUCCAGAGAAAAUCUGCUUUUUUUUAAGCUCACAGAGGCUCGGGAGCUGCUGGUCCACUGCUUCCUUAUUUGAUGAGUUUGUAUCAUUGAGCUGAAUCCGUAACAAAGAUUUCAAAUAACCAAAGUCACAAAAUAACACCUUCAAGCUUACCCAAACAACUCCUGUAUGCCAUAAUGUAAAAUCACUGAUUUUCUCUUUUUAUGGGCUUUGGUUUAGAGAGUGAGUGGAGAAAGGAACUUUCCAGUUAGAAAAGGUGAGGUGAGGACAACGGUGGAGUUGUGGAUGCAUGACAUCAGGUGUGACCUGAGAGCUUGGUGCUGGGAUUCAUCCAUGCAGCAGCAGCAGCAGCAGCAUCCUGACCCUCACUGUGAACGCCUUGCUCUUAUAGCUCCUCCCUUGUCUAUAUAAUUUCUAGUUAAGCUGGACUUCCAUCAGAUUACUCCCUCACUGACUCCUGUUGUUUCACAGCCUUGCAAAUAAGAAGAGGAUGCUGGCGUCGUCUCUGUGGAUUAUUUUCCUCCUCAGCUCCAGUGUGUGCGCCAGGAAGCAGCAGCACGCAAAGCUGGCUGAUGAUGAUGAUGAUGAUGAUGGUGGUGAGUCCUGGCCGGAGAGCGUGUCCAGGGCGAGGUGUGCGUCCCGGUGUCUGAGUCUGCACAGCGUCGCUGCGCUCUCCACAUCGCUGCAGAAUAAUGGAUCCUUGGGCUGGUGUCAAAAUCAUAAACAGUGUGCAAAGUGCCUGGAGCCCUGCAAAGAUUCCUGGCCGAUGAAGAGGAAUAGGAAUAAUUGCAGAGACCUUUGUGAGCGUGUGUUUCCCAGGAAGCACUGGGAGUGUGUGACCAGCUGUGAGUUCCUCCAGUCAGUGUUGGCGGUGAAGCAGGGCAGCUGUCCGCCUCCAGACAGAGCCCGCGGUUUCGCGGCCGCCUGCGUCGAGAGCUGCGACCACGACCGCGAGUGCUCGGCUCAGAGGAAAUGCUGCUCCAACGGCUGUGGUCACACCUGCCAGUCUCCUAAAGACCUUUACAAGGGUUCUCCCCUGAAGCCGAGGAAAGAGCUGAGCUUCGAAGAACUCCCGCCCACAGAGCUGGAGGUGCGCUGGUCUUCCCGCUUCAACGUCUCUGCUGAGCCGGUGGUCUACGUCCUGCAGAGGAGGUGGAACUUUGGCAUCCAGCCCAGCGAGGACACCGCCACCUCCUGGCAGGAGGUUGCACAGACCACAGAGCAGAGAGUCAGACUGACCGACAUCCGACCUGGACGCUGGUACCAAUUCAGAGUGGCAGCUGUCAACACCCACGGCACCAGAGGUUUCUCUACACCCAGCAAGCACAUCCACUCCAGCAGAGACCCCUCCAGUCCUGCUGCUCCCACAGAACUGAGAGUGGCCAAUAUGAGCUUUGACCCCAGCAGGAUGGUGUCAGCCAGGCUCCAGUGGAGCAUGCCCACUGACCUCGACGUCCCUGUCCACCACUACAAGGUCAGCUGGAGCUGGACGGCCGUGGGGCAGUCGUCUGCAUCGUCCUUGACCAAGAGGAGGAAGACAGUCAGAGGGUGCCUGGUGGAGCUGGACAGCAUGCAGCUUAAUAGGAGCUACAGGGUGGAGGUCCAAGCUGUGUCCUACUGGGGACAAACUCAGCUCAAAGGACGUCGAGCCGUCCUCCACUUCACCACCCAGCGCAGAGUCCGUUCUGCGCCAAGCAAGCGCACAGGCGACGUCCUGGAUGUGGGAACGCCGUUCUACCAGGACGGACAGCUCCGAGUCCACGUUUACUGGCAGAGCAGCACUGAUCCUUCUGUUGAGUUCUACAAAGUCCAGUGGGGACCAGAGUACUGUGGACACAACCAGACCAGACCCAUGGAGAAGACCAGCACACAGGAGAACUUCAUCAGCUUGCACGGCCUCCUCUUCUCCUGCAAAUAUAAAGUCCUUCUCCAGCCAGUCAGCAGGAAGAGUCGUCUUCUUGCAGAAAGCACCAGCUUCUUCACUCCUUCCUGUGCCAGCAUCCAGGCCAAGAGUCCAAACCCGAUCACCUGUGCUGGAGAAACAUUGUCUCCUCAGAAGGUCCUGGUGAAGGCAGCCAACCUGACGGCAGCCUUCGAGUUGCACGGAGACAACGUCACGGCCAUCUUUCGCUGGGAUUCAUCCGAGGCUCUGGCGCACCAGCAGCUGACGGGUUACCAGGUGACGUGGGCGGAGCUUGUCCCCACGAGCCGUCGCAACAAAAACAACAACAACAACAACAAGCUGCCUCACGGCCUCAUCUCCCAGUCCCAGAUCCUGCCGCCGGACAGUAAAGUUGUGGUGGUGUCGGGCUUGAGACGUGCUAGUUUGUACAGGCUGGAGGUUCACGCCAUCACAGCAGAGGGUGAAGGUCCUGCAACCAGCAGAAACUUCGAGACUCCUGGAUACCAAAGUGCCGCAAAGCACAGAUCCAGGCUGAGGAAGCAUCAUCAUCAUCAUCAUCAUAAACGGCCAAACACAGAGAGACACUGAGUGGAGAGAGCCAAACACGGAGGAUUAUCAGAACUCAAGAAGAUGAGUGCAGCAUCACAACUGAAGCUUCUCUGCCCACAGUAUCUGUCAUUGACUGUUGUUAUUAUUACAGCUGCUACCAUUGGCUGUUCAUAAAAGUGGACGUUGUCUCCAUCCAUCCGGCCGUCAGUUUUUUUGAAACAGGAAGUUCACAGCCGUCAAUCACACCAGCGUCCACUCGUGUGUGCCAUGUUUUAUCUUCAACUUUCAACCAAAUUGACAUCAUGUUCAGUUGAAGAAGAUUGCGAUAGAAAAUCGUGUCAUCUCCCCCUGGUGGCUGGUCAAUAAAUAGUUUCUUUCCUGCUUAGAUUCACCCUACAAAUCACACAACUACGUCCACUUUUUACACACGGUCUAUGAACUGCAUGCCACCAUUGUUUGUAAGCGUUGUCAGCAUCUCUGUAUUGUUCCUUAAGUUGUAAUUUCCUUUUUUUUCCCCCCAGCAGCUGAUUCACUGUCUGUAGCUCCCUGUGAUCUGUAAAUGCUGUAUAUACUGUUUGUCAGUAUUUAUUAGUCGUGGCGUUUCUGUGUCUGGAAACUGGAAACAUGAUGCAUGUGUACUUUUGUGUGCGCUCAGCCUUUUGUAAACCUCAUGAGACCCCCCUCCCCCUGUACAAAGAUGUGUUGUUGUUUUUUUAAACUGAAGAUAAAAUUCCAUGUCGAUAUGUGUACAACCUA